GACUUGACAUGUUUUCUGCACAUUUGUACAGGAUAAUUGCAAUUAAUAAUAAGAUGGCUGACACACACAGUUCCUCUAAAAGGCAGUCUCAAGCCUCUCGUGAGUUGGAAUGUAAGCUCCUACAUGAAAGAAUAUUUAAACAUAAUUAUAUUUUCCUAUAAGGACCACUCAGGAGGCGUAUGCAGACCUUUCUGCUCUCUUUCAUUUCAAAUGGUGUAGACAAAAAACGACUUGAAAAGUGAAGCUUUUCAACACAGAGAGGGGGUAUUGGCGUUUUCAAGUCGUGGUUGUGUCCAACUGACCUGUAUUUAUCCCCAACGUUUGAUGCAAAUAACUCUAGCAGAGCGGGGAGGAGUCAGCAGGGGACAGUAGCAAGAGCUGCAAGGAAGCGAUCGCAACUCAGACUGACACGCUGUAAUUCCGCUCAGAGCUCCACUCUCUCGGCUGACGAUUUGUGGUCCUCUCGUAAGAACUGUCUUUCCCUUCAUAGUUUUCCAUGGACCAGGCGUAAUAACGAGGUGUGCUUUGGGGUUAGAAUACCUGGAGUUGCAUUCAGCCGUGUUCACUGUGAUGGGAGAUCAAGAUUCAGCAGACAGUGGGCCAGAGGAACCUCAGGAUCAGAACAUUGAAGAAAAUGGUAUUCACAGGUUUUCCCAGUUGUCUGCGAGUGUGCAGGCUGUGGUGCGGAUCCGUCAAAAAUACUUAGCCCUCAAAAAGAGGCGUUUGGAAAAAGCUGCUUCACAGUCUGUUUGUUGUUUACGCUCCACCAGCCCAAAGAUCUUCACUUUUGAUGCGCUGACGGUCAACACCCCACCCCCUUUGCGCAAAAAGAGGAGGAAAAGGAGGGGACGGGUUCAGUACCCCAGUAAUGGCUACCGCAAAGUUGUGCCCAACCAGGAACACAGCCGGGCCAAGAACUGCCUUUUCCUACUCUGCAUCAUCCUGUUCCUGCAAGUCUACAAUGCCAUUGAGAACCUGGAUGACCAUGUGCUUCGGUACGACCUGGAGGGUCUCGAGAAGGUCCUGAAAAGAGAGGUAUUUGGACAGCAAGAGGUGAGGGAUAAUCUUCUGGCGCAGUUGAAGGAUUACCUGUCCACUUACGUUCACAGCAAGCCUCUGGUGUUGUCCUUGCAUGGCCCCACUGGGGUUGGCAAGAGCCACUUGGGUCGCCUCUUGGCACAACAUUUCCGCUUCAUAGUCGAGGACCGACUGGUCCUGCAGUACUACACGUUGCACCGAUGCCCCUCCGAAGAUCAGGUCGCAAGCUGCGCUCAGAAUCUGUCCACCAUCGUCUCAGAAAUGGUCACGCAGGCGGAGGACGAGGAGAAGAUCCCCAUCUUCAUCUUCGACGAGGUGGAGCACAUGCCGAAGCAGCUUCUGGACCAGCUGCACGACCUGAUCCGCGUGCGCCACAUGAACGAAUACCUCAACACCAUCUACAUCCUCAUCAGCAACCUCGGCCACGAGGAGAUCACCAAGUAUGUGCUGCACAACGCCUCGAGCAUGGCCGCGGGGAGCCACUCACGGGUCGGCAAGGAGCUCACGCCUCUGCUGCAGCACAGCCUGGGGAAACACCACAUGCUUUGGAGGGAUGCGGAAAUCUUACCACUCACACUCCUGGAGAAGAGUCAUGUGACUCAGUGCUUCAUGGACGAGAUGUCCCGAGAGGGCUUCUAUCCCGACUUUGGACACAUUGAACAGCUAGUGGGAGAGAUCUCCUACUAUUAUGCCGGGGGACGGGAGUUUUCUCGCACAGGUUGUAAGCAGGUGGUGGCAAAGGUCAACUUGCUGUGAUGAUUGCUGAAAGUUGGAGUAGAAUGUAACAAUUUCUUGGAACAAGAAAAGGCUCUGAUGUGAGAUCCUAGACCAAAUGUGGGACGAGUAGUAAGUUUGCGUGGGACAAUGUGGGACAUGUUACAAACGCAAAGAGGUAACCUAAAACUUUGAUAUAAUGUUUAUCUAACUGAAUAAAAAACAUUUGUGUUCAGCCUUUUAGCUCAAACACCUAUACUUUGUCCUCUAGUCGAUUUCACAGCACACCAGUUAGGUCAUAAAAGAAACUGGCUACAGCUUUUGCUAUAUAAAAGAUAUGAUGAGCACGGUGCUGUUUGUCAUCCCAAAGGCCACUAAUUUUGCAACGAAACAUGUUUUUACUGAUAGACCAACAUGCACGGGCCAUUAUAGGCUCAUCAAGAUGUCCUUAAGCAAAGCAGCCAGCAUCAUGCAGCUCAACCCCGCCGUAUUAAAAACACUGUGUGCACAAUGGAUCCAACUCCUUCACAAAUGCAAAAUAAGAAUAAAAAGUUGAAAAUGAAA